AUGGGGAAGAAAGCAGAGAAAGGGAAGAUGGAGAAAGGCCAUCUGGAAUUACUUUCAACCAUGGAUUAUGGCAUCCCUGGAUUUUCUCAGCUUUUCGGGUUCAUACCUGCACAUCCUACCAAGCGAAUCCUGUGGGCCACUAUUUUCCUUUUGUGCCUGUCCAUCACCGUCUACCAGGUGACAUCAUUCUUCAGUGAGUAUGCAUCCUGGCCAGUGACAAAGAAAUUCGAUUGGGCUUACCAAGGAACGGCUCCGUUUCCUUCCAUCACGCUGUGCAAUGAAAACAGCUUCAAACCAAAGGUGGUGAAAGAAUAUUUAAAGUCGGGAGUGGUGAUGUCAUCUUACCCGAUCAAAGACUGGGACUUUAAACAUUUUAAGGACGGUCAAGAAAUCCUGAAUGCAAUCAACAGGAGCUUCUUACACCUGGAAGACGCCCUUCAGGGAUGCCUACUAUCUGGGAAACCUUGCUCGGAUGUGGGAUGGUGGACAGAGAAAGUCACGGAAUCCCAAGGUCUCUGCCAUACCUUCCAACCAGACCCAAAUAAGCCCAUGCCGACGGGAGGAGGCAGGCUGAAGGGCUAUAUUUUGAAUUUCACUGAUAGUGGUGACUGGUUCUGCGAUUCCAAGGAUCCCAUCUGUGGUCAUGUGCAAGACAGCGGGUGGCAGAUCUUCCUGAACGAGGGGAUGCACACGGACAGAGAUGCCGUGUGGAACGACGAGGUGAUCCAACUGGCAUCAGGAGAAACGAGGCGGUAUCGGGUCUUAACGACUGAAGAGACCCUCCUCAACAGGCCGGGGUUUCCAUGUUUCGAUAGGAACAAUUUCAGCACUACAUUGAAUUGCUUGGAGACGUGCCUCUAUCGCAACAUCCUUGGGCUGGCCAAUGUGACGUGCUGGCCCUACUGGAUGCCGACCCUGGCUGACUUUCGCCCGAGACCCUGUGGCACGGAACAGGAAUAUCAAAGGAUUUGGCUCGUGUCUGGGAAGCUACUCGAAUCGGACAUUGCUCAGAAUGAUCUCAUCGACGUACAGGAAUCAGAAUCUGCUGUUUAUCCUAGAGAGCUUAACUACAGGGUGUCUCAUAAAGUUUAA